UUUACGGCCACCACCCGAGGCACAUGCCUGCCUUUCGCCUGGUCCUCCCCCUCCCGGGGGAGGCAUCCUGGGGCGGGGGCGGGUGGCGGCUGUCUGGAUGGAGGCCAGCGCUGGCCGGUACCGUUGCCGGGACACCGAGGGCCUUUGUCGCUGUCAACAAUGGCCCCACAGGCCUUCCAGGCGUGAGCCCCUGGGGGCCCAGAGGCAGACAUGCAGACCCUGGCGUGGCAGCGGCCAGAGGCUGCCCGGCCCCACGUCCCCCAGGGGACCCUGGAAGUGGCAUUCCCAGCACCUCUGUACAGCGAUGACUGCCUGUCCCUGGAGGGGCCCCGCUGGACACCGGCCAUCAAGCAGGCCACCCGCUGGAAGUACACGCCCCUGGGACGCGACGCAGCUGGCCAGCUGUGGUCCACCGGCCUAACCACCUCAGACCCCCGUGAGGCCUGGUACACGUUCCCGCGGGCCCCGGACAGCCCCUACCGGGAGGCCCACGGCCACUGGCACAGAGGUCACAGCUGCCGGGAGCGAAGCAUGCCCUCGGCCUGUACCCAGCACCUCCGGGAGACCGCCUGGUACGACCCUGUCAUCCCUGCCCAGUACAGGAACCCCAGCACACGGUGGGGGAGCAUGCUGUGGAGGGACAGACUCAUCCGGGGCAAGGAGUACGUGGUCAACAGGCACCAAUACCGGGUGGAGCCACCGUGGCGGUCGGACCACGUGCCGUACCUGUCGGUGCCACGGCGGCCGUGCCACGCCACCCAGAGCUACCGGCGGUGGAGCCUAGAGCCUUACCGCCCCUCCGCCAACCAGCGGCCCCCGCCCGCCCACCUGCCCGUCCGCUGAUAAAGGUCACGCUGCCAGCACCGCCCCUGCAGGGACCCCUGUGCCUCUGACACUGCCCCCCCCCCCCCGACCCUGUGCAUCUCUCCACUUCUGGGGCCUGGGAGGGUCUUGGGUGGCCAGGCGGCCAGAUAAAGGGAGCUGCUAACCGAGA